UAUAUCUCUGAACCCAAUCACCAGUUAUCUUGUUAUUUUCUGCAACAACAAUGGCGGACCUUAUCUUCACAGUUCUGCUUCUCCUCUUAUCCAUUCUCUCUCCACUUGUCUUCUUCUUCUUCAUCUUCUCCAUUACCAGAAAUCCCUCUUCCACUAAAAAAACCCCAAUUUCAUAUCCAGUGGUCGGCUCCAUUUUCGCGAUCUUGAAGAACAAACACCGGCGCGUGCAAUGGGUGUCGGAAAUUCUGACCUCCACACCCAAUCUCACCUUCACCCUCCACCGCCCCUUCGGCUACCGGCAGGUAUUCACGGCCAACGCCGCCAACGUCCAGCACAUCCUCAAAUCCCACUUCCACAACUACCCUAAAGGCGACGCCUUCAGAGCCACCCUCCGCGAUUUUCUCGGCGACAGCAUUUUCAACGCCGACGGCGACAACUGGAAGUUCCUCAGACAGAUUUCCAGCCACCAGUUCAACACCAAAUCACUCCGCCGCUUCGUCGAGAACGUCGUUGAUUCCGAGCUCUCCGACCGCCUCCUCCCCAUCUUACGCGCCGCCGCCGGCGAGAGCGUCGUCCUUGAUUUGCAGGACAUUCUCCAGAGGUUUGCUUUCGACAACAUUUGCAAGAUCGCCUUCGGUUACGAUCCGGCGUACUUGGUCCCGUCUCUGCCGGAGACCGAGUUCGCGUCCGUGUUCGAUGACUCACUCCGAUUCGUGAGUGAACGAUUCAACUCAAACAUCCCUUUUAUAUGGAAAAUCAAAAGGGCUCUCUCCAUCGGAAGCGAGAAACAGCUACAAAUCACCGUCGGAAAAGUUCGCGAAUUCGCGCUGCAAAUAGUCAGAGAGAAGAAGCAAGAAUUGAAAGAGAAAUCUUCGCUCGAAUCGGAGGAUUUUCUUUCUAAAUUCCUGAGCUCCGGGCACUCCGACGAGGGUUUCGUCACCGACGUAGUGAUAAGCUUCAUACUAGCCGGCCGCGACACCACGUCGGCGGCGCUGACGUGGUUCUUCUGGUUGAUCUCCAACCACCCGGAGGUGGAAAACGAGAUACUGAAAGAGAUAACAGAGAUCAACUCGGAGGAGCAAAUCUACGACGAAGUGAAGAACAUGGUGUACACACACGCUUCACUCUGUGAAAGCAUGAGGCUUUACCCGCCGGUGCCCCUGAGCACGAAAUCAGCGCUAAACGACGACGUUUUGCCGGAUGGGACUCCGGUGAAGAAGGGCACGCGAAUAAGUUACCAUCCGUACGCAAUGGGGAGGGUUGAGGAGGUGUGGGGGGAGGAUUGGGCGGAGUUCCGCCCUGAGCGGUGGUUGGAGUGGGAGGACAAGUGGAGGUUUGUCGGGAGGGACCCAUUUACUUAUCCGGUUUUUCAAGCCGGGCCCAGGAUUUGUUUGGGUAAAGAGAUGGCUUUCUUGCAGAUGAAGAGGGUAGUCGCCGGAGUAUUGCGGCGGUUCAGGGUGGUGCCGGCGGUGGAAACUAUGGAACCGGUUUACGUGUCGGAUUUUACCUCAAAAAUGAAAGGGGGGUUCUUUGUCAAGAUUCAAGAUAGGGUGGUUCAUCCUUGAACCGCCGGUUGAAAGCAUGAACCGGUUUACGUGAUAAAUUUAUUCCAUUUCUCAUCUUCUACUUUGGUUUGGUAUCACUUUACCCCCUUCUACUCUCGAUUGCAUUGAUUUGCCCCAUGUACUUGAAAAUUAUCUCAAUGUGGCAUUCGUUGUUAAUUGUCCGACAUUUGACAUUAACACCGUUUGAGCUAAGCUCUGA